CGCUGGUGCCCUCUCCACCCCCGCGCGCCCAAAUGCUCAGCCCUCCCCGGGCCCAGGCUCACCUAAUCCCCGCAGUGGGAGUCGGGGGGCCACUGCGCCUGUGCUGAGGGCUAGGGUUGCACGGUGGUGACUUCACACUCAGCAGCAUGUGCAGCUGAGGCCUCGGUGCAGCAGUGUCCCGCAAGGCGGGCAGCGAGGUCGGCUUGGCAGCCGCUGCUCCUCCACCCCGACCUGGCCGCAGGCAGCCGGUUCCCCGGGACACCAGGAGGGGAUGGCAGAACAAGAAGGCAGCGGGUUGCAGGUCCUGCUGCACACACUUCAGAGCUCCUCUGACAGGGCAUCCAUCCUGACCAUCCUCCAGGUGCUCGGAGACCUGCUGUCUGUGGGCACAGACAGGAGGAUCUGCUACAUGAUCAGCAAGGGGGGCAGCGAAGCCCUUCUGCAGACCCUGGUGAACACAGCAAGGACUGCGUCUCCCGACUAUGACAUCCUCCUGCCCCUCUUCCGACUGCUGGCCAAAGUCGGCCUGCGAGAUAGAAAGUUUGGGCAGAAGGCACUGGAGUUGGAAGCACUGGACGUGACAUUGAUUCUGGCCAGGAAAAACCUGUCCCGCAGCCAGAACCUCCUGCACUGUCUCUGGGCUCUGCGUGUGUUUGCCUCUAGUGUCACCACGGGAGCCAUGCUGGGGAUUAACGGGGCAAUGGAGCUGCUUUUCAAGGUCAUCGCCCCUUACACCAGGAAGCGUACCCGAAUAAUCAGGGCAGCCACUGAAGUUCUGGCAGCAUUGCUGAAAUCCAAGUCCAACAGCCGCCGGGCGGUGAACAGAGGCUACGUCACCAGCCUGCUCAGGCUGCAUCAGGACUGGCACAGCCACGACAUGGCCAAUACCUACGUGGCUAUCCGCCGGGCGCUCCUGCUCUGCCUCAGGCACAUCGCCGCCCUCCGGUCUGGCAGGGAGGCCUUCCUGGCAGCUCAGGGCAUGGAGAUCCUCUUCAGCGGCGCGCAGAACCGCCUGGACGACCCGGGCUCAGAGCCCGUCACCUGCGUCGUGCUGCAGGUGCUGAGGCAGUGCUCCCCGAGGAGCCCCCUCCCCCUGGCUGCGGCCAGCAGCGCCUACGCCUUCCCGGCUGCCGGCAACACCCCCUCUGGCCCCUCGCCUGCUCUCGCUGAAGAGGACUUUGAAGACGACGGUGACGAAGGAGAGGACAAAGACUCCGAUUCCGAAGAUGCGAAAGAGGAAGACGACGACUUGGAAACAGAUGUGAACAAGUUGAGUUCCAAACCUGGACUUGACCGGCCCGCAGAGGAGCUGACCCAGUACGAGGCGAUGUGCCUGGAGCUCUCCUGCCGCUUUGAGGAACUGGAGCCCAAACCUGGAGAUGAGCUGGGCUCUGAAAAGACCGAGUACGCCAACCACCACCACAUUCCGACCACUGCCCCCCCGAAGCAGCGUUGCUCGAAUAAGGACCAAAGCUCCCGGGGGCAGGGAAGAGAGGACGCAGUCCAGACGCCCCUCCUGAGCAUGGUGAAGAGGCAGCGGCCCUCCGUGCAUCUAGCCUCCCAAACGGGACCUGGAGGGACCCCGUACGAAAAGGCCCAAUCCAAUGGGCUGGGGACGGAUUCUUCCGGAAGUGAAACCGUGGACAUUCAGGCCCUCUUCCGAGAGGGUGCCUGGGACAUAGAUGUGACUUCCUGCCCGAGGACAAGUGCCUCCGUUUCCAAUCCCGCCCGGUCCAGAGACCCUGUGCAAGUGAUGGAUGAGCUGCUGCAGACGCACCCCCAGCACAUCCCCUUCCACGACCCCUGUGUUUACAUGGCCAAAGCCCGAAGAACCCGGUCCGUGGCUGACUUCAAGACGGCGGCGUUUCCUGACCUCUGGGGCCAUCGUCCGCCUCCGUCUCCGGAGCCCAUGUUGGAGCGCAAACGUGGAAUCCAAAGGAUCAAGAUACUGGAGGACAUCCGGAGGUUCAUCCAGCCCAGCGAUGUUUUGAACAGAGUCGUCUUCAGUUUAGACGAGCCUGGGCAGGACGCUGCUUCCAGCGGCCUACGGUUCUCCGCCAGGUUCGAGUCAGGGAACCUUCGCAAGGCCAUCCAAGUGCGCGAGUUCGAGUACGACUUGUUGGUCAACACUGAUGUGAACAGCACGCAGUACCAGCAGUGGUUCAACUUCCAGGUGAGCGGUAUGCGGGCCGCCGUCCCUUACCGCUUCAACAUCAUCAACUGCGAGAAGCCCAACAGCCAGUUCAAUUACGGGAUGCAGCCAACUAUGUAUUCUGUGAAGGAGGCGCUGCUUGGCAGACCCACCUGGAAACGGACGGGCUACGAAAUCUGUUAUUACAAGAAUCAUUAUCGCGAGAGCGCAGCCGUCACGGGGGGAGCGUCUAGGAAGUGUUUUUAUACCCUCACCUUUGCCGUCACCUUCCCGCACAACGAGGACGUCUGCUACCUGGCCUACCACUACCCCUACACCUACACCGCCCUCAUGACUCACCUUGACAUCCUGGAAAAAAGUGUCAACCCCAACAAGGUGUACUUCCGGCAGGAGGUUCUGUGCCAGACGCUGGGGGGGAAUCCGUGUCCGCUGGUGACCAUCACAGCCGUGCCCGAGUCCGCCAGCGAGGACCACCUAGAGCAGUUCCGGCAGCGUCCAUACCAGGUGAUCACCGCCCGCGUUCACCCAGGCGAAAGCAAUUCCAGCUGGGUGAUGAAGGGGGCCUUGGAGUUCCUGGUCAGCAGUGACCCUGUGGCCAGGCUUUUGAGGGAAAACUUCAUUUUCAAGAUCAUCCCCAUGCUCAACCCAGAUGGUGUCAUCAACGGCAAUCACCGGUGCUCACUGCGAGGCGAGGACUUGAACAGGCAGUGGCUCGCUCCCAGCGCGCAGCUCCAGCCCACCAUUUACCACGCCAAAGGCCUCCUCCACUACCUGAACAGCGUCGGCCGCAGCCCCGCGGUCUUCUGUGACUUCCACGGCCACUCCCAGAAGAAGAACGUGUUCCUCUAUGGCUGCAGCGUCAAGGAGACCUUGUGGCAGGCAGGGUCCGCCGCGGGCGCGUCCGCUCUCUCGGAAGAUGUCAGCUACAGGACUCUUCCCAGAAUCCUUGAUAAGCUAGCACCAGCCUUCACGAUGAGCAGCUGCAGCUUCGUCGUGGAGAAGUCUCGAGCCUCCACGGCCCGGGUGGUGGUGUGGAGGGAGGUGGGGGUGUCCAGAAGCUACACCAUGGAGAGCAGCUACUGUGGCUGCAACCAGGGCCCGUACAAGGGUCUCCAGUUUGGCACCCGCGAGCUGGAGGAGAUGGGAGCCAUGUUCUGCCUGGGCCUCCUCAUCCUGGAGCUCAAGUCCGUCAGCUGCAGCCGUCAGCUGCUGACCCGUGCGGCCGCCCUGCUGAACACGGAGGAGGACCCUCUGGACUGCCACCUCCAGAGAUGCAGGAGCGGCAGCAUCACGUCGGAACUGGACGACGAGCCCCCAUGCGCGGAGGAGAUCGAUUACGGUCCAGACAGCAGCUCAGACCAGGAGGGGAGUGCCUCUGAGCUGGACCGGCAGAUCCGGGAGUGGGCCUCCCACGAAGACGAGGGUGAGGAAGAAGAGGAGGGCCCAGGACAGGGAAGAAGAGCCGCCUCGUAGCCCCGAGGUUCACGGCGCGCCCCAGGUCUGCAGCCACUGGACUAGCAGCCACGCGGUUUCUCCCCCGUCAGACAUCCCCCGUCCCACGGCAGUGUCGGUCGGUGCAGGAAGCCAGCCCACGUGAGACUGUUCUCGGCAACCCCGUGUCCGGAUUUUGUUCUGGUUUCCGUAGGCAUAGGAGCUGGCUACUUUGUAAUCAUAUUCUUUUCCACACAGACUUCGCAGAGCAAAAGGUGGUCACGAUUUAGACCCAGCACCCAGGAGCGAGGCGUGGGUGCCGUGAUGUGCGUUGUUACUGCUGUCACCGUGGGUAGUGCCUUCUUUUUCCAGCUCUCUUCUGGAUUUCUUUGCUGUAGUUUAGAAGUCACACAUCCGGCCUCUGUGUUAUUAAAGCGUUCAGAUUUCUGUAGCAUACGUAAGAGGCUUAAGGGAAAUAACACAGUUCAAAUCCAAGCUGACGGCAUCCCUUAACUUAUCCCAUAUACAUUAUUUCCACUCUUACACAGAAGAUAGCAUAAUGCUUCUGUUUUUUUCACGGACUCAUAAAAUCAAGGAGAUAAUAUUGUUAAAAGUGUGAAUUCUGAGAGGGACAGACAUAAUGCUAAUUCAUGAUCACCGGUUCGAGCCUCAGCUCCAAUUAGUUUGUGGUGUUACCUUCUAGUUCUCUCGUAUAUUUCUGAGGGGAAGUGACCGGCACAGGUACAUAUCUAGGUGGCACGGUCAGCAAAAGC